AUGGAGCCGGUGGCCAACCGACAGAGCUCAGCCGACUCAUUGGACGAGUGGGCCAGCGAGGUUUGGGGGAUGGAGGAGGGCGAAAUGGACCCCACUCUGGCCCAGGACACUACCCCUCGUCCUCACCCGUUGGUAAAACAGGCACCCAGGACAAAGUCAGAAGACCUGGGGUCGGAAUCUCCAGAGGCUCCAAAGCCUAGACCCCAAGUGUCUCCCUCAAGUGAGAACCUUACAGACUCAACAAACAAAAUGGCAGAAGUGGUUCCUAAAAUGGAGCAGGAGGCACUUUCUGGGGUAAAUCAGGUGCCUAGUAGUAGAAUCCAGGUAGGUGAUAGUGAAUUGGAACGAGACCUUAAUAUGAUAGAUGACAAUCACUGUGAGAAGGAGGAAGAUGCCGUUGCUUUUCGGUUGCCUCUUGCCUGCACUGGCCAAGCCUCACCUGCAGAAGGCGCUCCAGAGACCCAGCCAUACAUUGACUGUAUCAGUGAUGGUAAGGUGGAGGUGAUCACUAACCCUGUAGAGGAGGAAAUGUCGUCAUCUGACAGCCAGGGUAGCCAGGAGUGGCUUUCGAGAUCUCACCUUGAUGACGUUGUGGAGGAAGACAAAGAAGAAGAAGAUGGUGCCAAGGAAGACAAAGUAGAGGAGUUUCAGUCUGUUGAGAUGAUGAAAAAUAGCGCUGUGCGGUUGCAGUUGAAUACAGAGCGUCCAGCUAGAAGUGAAUUUGAGCAGAGGCUGUCAGAGACGGUGUGUGCUACUGAGAAGGCUUCUGUAGAAGGGGGUCCUGUUGAAACUAGCAGUAGCACCCCAUCAGUGCAGGUAGCUGACAAGCAAGAGGUUAGUGAGUGCCCAAUCAGUGGUGACAGAGAGAAGACAAUGUCAGACAAUAACAACCAUGAUACUAUGAAGGCUGCUGAAACUAGCACUACCACCCACUCUCCACUAAAAAGAGAGAGUUCCGAUGACAUAUUCUCUGAGUCCCCAGAAAAUCCUGAAUCGGCUCUUGCCGGUGAUGGAGAGGAGAACCAGAGUGUUGACUCCAAGCCUUUAGACAUCAGCUCAGCCCAGAGGCAGUGGGUUAGGCUGGACAGUACCAGAAGCAAACUCCCUCAGCCUGAGCAAUCCACCUCCUCUAGAUCCUCCUCUUGUAGCCAACUAGUAGACCUGGCUCAGCCCCCGGAUGUAGUUACACCAGACAAACAGCAGGGGGAGCAGUUGUUACGAAAUGUCACUGCUGCCCUGACGCAUCAUAGUAACCAGGAAGUGGCAGUACAACAGGUGUUCAAGGGAGCAACUCUGGCUCCGCCCCUGGCGACAGUCGCCAAGGAGCCAGCUAAUCAGGUCAAGGCAGAUCUCCUUGGCUCUGGCUGUGUUGUAGUGAAAGAGCAGGCGGGUGGAGAGAGAAAGGUGGGAAAGAGGGAGGGAGACAACAGGCAAACAGGUGGAGAGAGAAGGCAGAGAGCGAGUGGACUUGGCGCAGCGGGCGAGGCAGACAGAAAGAAAAAAGAGAAACGGAGCGAAGAAAAGAGGACAAACUCUGGGUUGUUGAUGUCGAGAGACAGUCACAGCAAAGCUUCCAAGAUGAAGUUGGGAGGGGACUUGUUCGAUGACAGCCAGAGUGACAGCGGCGUAUCUGCCGACUUCUCCCCUGGUAGUACUGUGGAGCUCCAAACCACCACCUCCACCCUCACCUCGCCUCCGGCCGAUGAGACCCCCAUCGAGAGGGAGAUCCGUCGGGCAGUGCAGCGUGAGCAGUCCCUCAGGAGAUCCAGGGGCCUCCACAACAAGCCGCCCACCCAGGAAUAUGUGGACAUCCCCCUAAGGAAGUCAGUCUUGACUGAGACCCUGCCUUCCAAGUCGGACAAGAGCCAGGGGGGGAAGGACCGUCUGUUUGCGGGGAAGAAGAUGCAGAAGGAGAUCAGUGUAGAGACCCAGAGGGAACAGGUCCUGGUUCGACUAGGGAAAGUUAGAGGUUCCUAUGACAAGGGGACAGUACGCCAGCUCAAGGAAAGGAAGAAGUUAUUUGAAGCUUUCCAGGAGCCCAAGGAGACAUCCUCGAUGAUAUUGUCCCAGAGCAAGGCACCCUCCUGGGCUUCGGCGAGUGACCUCUCCACCCUGGAGAUCCAGGGGAACGACGCUUCAUCUGUGUCCUUUGUCGGAGGCUCGUCUGGGGAGAGAAGACGUAGUAGCCUGGAGCUGAUGUCCCAGACCCAGAACCAGAGCCCCUUCGGAACACCUAAAGGCAUCACCUACACCCCUCAUGGGGCCCCUGUCCCCCGGGGCCCCACUCUCUCCGAGAGCGCCGGGGGCCAGGUCAUCAUCCUGGAUAACCACCACCACCUGGUUCUCCCCGCUCCGGCCCACGUCCACCACGUCUCCAAGCCCCUCAGGCACUCCCACCGUACGGGCACGCUCACCGAGACACAGGGCCUCACCGUGGUCGACUCCGCUUCUAUAUACUCCUCAACCAGUGCACUCAGCGGAGAAGAGAGAAGGGGUUUUUGGAGGGAUGAGGAUGGAGGGAGGAUGGAUCAGGAGGAGGAGGAGGAGGAAGAGGAGGUUCCAAAGGAGAACCCCUUCUUCAAGCUGCGCUCCUCAUCGGUGUCUCAGGACAAGGUGGAGCAGGAUAUCCGGGAAGCCAGGGAGAGAGAGAAGGAGCUGCGGAGGCAGAGGAGCAGUCUGUACGGAGGAGGAGGAGGAGGAGGAGGAGGGGGGAGGCCAGCCAGUAGGGAGGUACAGAGUCCCACUUCUCCUCCUCCACCUCUACUACUACAGAACGGACUGGCGACCCCUGAACUAUCUGUUACCCCCUCAUCGCGGACAGCACGACAGUCUCUUGGGAAGCUGGGCAUGUGGCCUCCAACACAGACAGAUGAGUAUCCGGAUAGCCAAUCAGAGGGCCUCCAGAACCCACGGACCCCCAGACAGAAGACUCCUCUCCUGCAGCGCUGGGAGUCCGGCCAGGUGAUGAACGGCCAUGGAGGGGAGGAGGAGGACUAAGACAGACCUUGUGUCAGUUUGUCCUUUUAGAGCAUUAUGAACAAGAUUACAUAGACAAUGGGGGACGUGACCCUAGAUCAGUACUCCUAUUAUGAGAUGGUCUAUGAAUACAGGCCCAGAUCUACUGCUGAAAGCUCAGGGGAAGGACGGGAAGAAACCAGAUCAUUGGAAUGAAGAAUUGGAAACAGACAACCAGGGAAGUAGAAUAUCUGAAAAUGCACUGGAGAAACAGAGGUUUUGGGAGUUGGAACUCUGGACUGUUGGAACCAUUUGAAUGUCAUAACAGAACUUUGGAACUGAACUGUAAAUUGGAGCUUUGGAAUGUAGUGGGGGGGGGGGGGGGGGGUUGGAACCAGUGGAUGGUCAUUGGAAGAUGUUUUUACCAGAAGAGACUGGCCGAGUCUCUACAGUACGGUUUUUGUGAGGGUUGAAGGACGUUGAAAUGGGUUGCGUUGUAUUGUUUCUGAAGCACAUGUCUCAGCAUGGAUUUAUAUGGAUAUGUAUAUAAUGCACAUUUUGUGACAAAUCUAUUUUGGGAGAAUAUUUCCUUCCCCGUAGUUUCUAUUUACUAUAGAUAAGCCGUUUCUACAGAAUGUAAGUUGGCAUUAUGAUAUAAUUAUGUGCAUUUAAUAAGUGAUCAUUAAUAAAUGUAACCUACAUUCCGUCACAAAUCAAGUCAGUCAACAUAGUAAAUACUGCAAAAUCUAAUGUAUGAUACCAUUCUAGCAUAAUCAUUCAUCAGAGAUAGUGUUUUUAUGCAAGAUGAUUUUUGGCACGUACAGUAUGUCUCUGAUUUCCAUAAAGUAGUCAAGAUGAACAAAUACAUACAUGUAAACUCAAUGUCUUUCUGCGUUCAUGUUUGUGUCUGAUUGCUACUGAAACACACCUUCAAGGAAGAAGGACUAGGUGCACACACAGUAGUGGUGAUGUGAGGAGCUGUUGUAUCAGCAGGGUGGAUCACCCACUGUCACGGGAUAACUCACGAGCCUUGCCCAGUUUUUACUGCCUUUGGGCUGGGUUGACACAGGCAUACGGCGUACACAUGUCAUACACUCAAUCAAUGAAUGACAGCAUAGUCACAAUGACAUCAAUGGUGUGUCUUAGUAGAGUUUUGUUUCAAGUUAAAACGCCUAACAUGUACCUUGCCCUUUUUGGGUGGUUGUGUCGAACAAUGAUUGAGCUAAACGCGUGCUGGAAGUUGCGGCUGGCUAACUUGAAGGUUGGGAAAGUUCUGUGCAACUUCCAGUGAGCGUUUAGUGGGAACACUGAGGCUGAGCGUUUACUGUGAACACUGAGGCUGAGCAUUUACUGUGAACACUGAGGCUGAGCGUUUACUGUGAACACUGAGGCUGAGCGUUUACUGU